AUAUUUUGAUUUUUUUUUUUUUUGCACCCUCAGAUUCCAGAUUUUCAAAUAGUUGUAUCUUGGCCAAAUAUUGUCCUAUCCUUUCAAACAAAAAAAUGGUUUUGUGGUCUAAAGAACAGCUAACUGUUAUAUGGAUACAACUAACUUAGCUAUCGGAUACACAAAGCAUUCAAUAGUGCAUCAAAUAAUCCAGGAACAAAAUAGUUAAAAAGCAUUCCUGUAGCUCAUCUGACACAAAGGUCAUGAGCUCGAUUGACAAAAAUGUAUACAUUGUACGCAAGUUGCUUUGCUAAAUGCAUAAAUGUAAAUGGUAAAAGAUGAACAGAAAAAGUAAAUUAAAUAAAACAUGAAUUCAGCUUAUGCAAAUUAGUAUGAAGCUUAUUUUAUCUUCAUUUAUUUAGGCUACUUGUUUACUGUGAGACCAACUUACUAUGAACUUUCCACAAGGGGGCGCAUGGAGGCCCCCAAUCCAAGGCCAAAUCCUCAGAAAAGCAACUGUGCUUCUUUGGCGCUGGAUAAUGAAUUAAAAGCGAAUAAUGACGAGAAGGUUUAAUAGCUAUUAAAUUAAAUUAAAUACGAAACUAGCUAUUUGAACUAAAGGAAUUAUUAUUUAAACUAACCCCGCCCAUUUUAUCACUACCUUUUCAAGCAAACUGCCUUCUAUCGACUUCAAGUUCUAUUGUUUUCCACGCCCGUGACGUCAUCAGGGAGCAUGCGCAAUAGAGUCUGUCUGCCCAGCGCUUCCUAAACACGUACGGAUUCAAACUCUUGCGGAUGCUGAUUGACAGCUGUCAGAUGCUGAUGACCUCAUGGCAUCGUCCUCUGAGGUGAACGUACACAUGGAGGAGGUGGUGGUGGUUACAACCCCUGACACCGCAGGUCAGACUUCAUCUAGCGAUGAGGAGAAGAAUAUACUGGUGGCUACAGACCUGGAACAGUCUGGGGAAAACAUUAUGGAGCAAUCCAUGGAGUCUGAGGCCGAGGCUGAGUCGAGCACCACUAUCUCGCUGCCCAAGGACACUGUAUUGGUGAAAAUAUCUGAUGAUACAGAUGUAGAGGGUGAUAUUCUCUACCCAAUAACCUGUGGGGACAGCAAAGCCAACCUCGUGUGGAAGAAGUUUGUGUGUCCCGGGAUCAACAUCAAAUGUGUGCAGCUGAACGAGCAUCUCAUCAGUCCAAAGGAGUUUGUCUAUAUAGCGGGAAAGUCUACGCUGAAGGACUGGAAGAGAGCCAUUCGCCUCAAUGGAACCAUGUUGAGGAAGAUCAUGGAUUCAGGUGAGCUGGACUUUUAUCAGCACUCCAGACUGUGUUCAAACACCUGCCGCAGUACCAAGAUUGACCUGGUGGGGUCACGGGUGUCUCUCAGCAGCCAGCAGUCCACGGAAACGGCUCCUGCAACCCCCGCCUCUGUGGAUGUGAAUGGAUCUGCAGCUUCAUUUUCCACUGAUGGUGACGACAGCACCGAAUGGGUCACGGCUAUAGGAGAGGACACUAUGACGUUCUGGAGAGGACUGAGGGAUGCUGGGCUGUUGGAGGAAGUCAUGGAGGACCUGGAGAGACAGAUCCAGGAGAUUCUCAAGGGCCUGGAGGAGCGAAUCCAAGACCCUCCACUGCAGGUCAAAGAUGCCGCUCUGCUCAAUAAUAUAGUCCAGAACUUUGGGAUGUUGGACCUGGUGAAGAAAGUUCUUUCCAGUCACAAAAGCCAGAUGGACCGCUGUAGGGAGCAGUACACGCGCAGCUUAGUGGCUCUGGAGCAACAGUGUGACGAGCAUCGCAAACGCGCCAAAGAACUGAAGAGCAAAUCGCAGCACCUCAACAACGUCCUGAUGACCUUGACCCCCGUGACCUCACCUCCCACUGCCAAACGCCCCCGUCUGACCCGUGCCGUUUCGGGGCCCGCCACCGUGGCCGCAACGCCCGCCCAGUCCACGCACUUCACCCUGCCCAUCACCCAGCUCACCGGCAUUCCGCUGGACAAAGUCCUGUCGGCUCAGACUCAGUCACUGAUCGGCGGAUACACAGUGCUGACGUCACCGGGGGGGACCGAACUCCAUCCUGACGGCUCUAAUCUGACCGUGCUGAGCACUGGUGGCGUUCCACAGGGGUCCUCGGGACCCACGUUCGUCAAAGUGGUCAGUCCGUUUCAGCUGGUCACGUUGCCCACAGUGGGAGCCGGAGCCACGUUGCAGAACCUGGCAGCACCAGUAGGGAGCGCUGCGGGCAACACUGUAGUUGCGGUGCCCGUAAGCACGGUUAGUGCUGUCAGUAGCAUAAACACUGCCGUCGUUGAGACCGUUGGGCCACAAGCAGAAGCGGCUACAGAACAGAGAGAUGACCAGAAGGAGUGAAAUUCUCCUGAAACCCUGGAAAUAGUUGCGUAACGUCAAUGUAUCAUAUGCUUUGUAUACGGAGGAUGAACUUUUUUGCAGUUUUAUGGGGAAUUUGCAACUUUUUUGCAAAAAUGGCCAUGGUUUGGUAAUGAAAGUCUUUUGUUGUUAUUGCAUUUGAUUUCAUUGUAAUCUGAUUACAAUGUGGUGAAAUACAGUUUAAGGACAUUUUAUACAAAACAUGAGGCACAUUUUGUCCUUAAAAUUUUGUGAUUGGCCAGUGUGUAUAAUUUGUAGUUAUAAUGUGUUUUGGAUGUAACGCUCACUUCCUUAUUUAUACUGUUCACAUAAUUUUUCCAUAUUGAUGUCUUCCAUAUUAAGUACUUCAUUACAAUGGUAUCUGUACUUGACCUGUCAUUGAUUAUUUAAAAUUGAUUAACUCAGACCAUCUUGUCUUUCAUAAUAAAUAUACAUUGUACGGUACA